UGGUUGUGGCAACACUGUAAAAUCGAGCAGGGCCGGCAGACGAGUGUUGUAAAAACGUCGAAAGGCCUCAGUCGCCCCACGCCGAAAGAAGUGUACGUCAUUAUUACAGUUGUGACCGAUUAAUAUAAACAAAAAUGAAACCUCUUAUGCUUCACGGUCACGAGCGUUCAAUCACGCAAAUUAAGUACAACCGGGAUGGAGAUUUGCUCUUCUCGUCAGCCAAGGACAACCACCCUUGUGUCUGGUAUUCAGUCAAUGGAGAACGAUUGGGUACCUACGAGGGACAUCAGGGUGUCGUAUGGGCGAUUGAUGUUGAUUGGGAAACUAAACGUUUCAUGUCUGGUGCUGGUGAUAAUAUGCUCAUGAUCUGGGAUGUCCAAACUGGCAAGGCUUUGGGUAAAAUUGAAGCCAAGACUUCAGUUCGUACAUGCAACUUCAGUUACAGUGGAAACAUGGCCCUUUACUCAACAGACAGUACUAUGGGUAACCCUUCAGAGAUCUUCAUCAUUGAUGUCAGAACGGUUGACUCUUCCUUCAGUGAAAACGACCCCAUCCUGCGAAUUCCAUUAACUAAUGCCCCUAAAGCCACAUCAAUGGUUUGGGGUAAUCUAGAUGAGGUUGUUAUUUCCGGUCACGACAAUGGUGACUUGGCCCAAUGGGACCUCAGAACUGGCAAGAAGAACAACCUGGUUUCAGAACACGCCAAGUCUAUCAACGACAUGCAGCUCUCCAAAGACGGAGCUCUCCUCAUCACUGCAUCCAAGGAUUGCACUGCAAAACUCUUUAACGCCGAAACGUUAGAGUGCCUAAAAACUUAUAAAACUGAGCGACCCGUCAACAGUGCCGCCAUCUCACCCAUCAUGGAUCACGUGGUGUUGGGAGGUGGUCAAGAUGCCAUGGACGUAACGACGACCUCAACGCGUGUCGGCAAGUUCGACGCCCGUUUCUUCCAUCUGGUUUUCGAAGAAGAAUUCGCUCGUGUCAAGGGCCAUUUCGGUCCUAUCAAUUCUCUGGCCUUCCAUCCCGACGGAAAGACGUACGCCAGUGGUGGUGAAGAUGGUUACGUUCGUUUGAAUCAAUUCGACCAGUCUUACUUUGACUUUAAAUUCGAUUACUAAACCAGAAGAAAAGCGAAAAACCUACGAAGAACCCAAUCCAUCAUCUAUGAACACUUGUCUUGUGUUUAUUUUUUGACCACUUUCGUGUACAUGGGCGAUAUAAGAGAAGGUAUUUGAAUACAUCAUGUUGGAAAGGUC